CGAAACGCCCGCCUAAAUUGCUCGUCCAGCGCCUCGUUGCUACGCUCCGAUCUUCCUGCCUUGCUCCUGCAACCCCUGACUUCACCUUCAACCGCCACCUAGGGCGUGAAUCGCAUCCUUAGCAAGGCGGCAUCGCCCGUAGCCAUGCCGAUUGCACUCGUCGAUGACGCUCAACGCGAUGCCAGACGCAGCAGCGAGGUUGAGGCUGAGGGGCAUGAUGUCUCGCCCAUAACAACGCCUGCAUACAAUGAGGCGGAGAGUAACGAGGUCGAUGGAGACGACGACAACGACGACGACUGGCUGAUGGACGAUGCGGAUCAAGUCCCAGCUCCUCAGGUCCACGGCAACCUCAACAUCAACGGCCAUGCCGGCGAAGAAGCAGACUCUCACGGCCACCCUCUGGACAUGACUUCGCGCGAUUCAGCAAAGGUGCAACGAGUCUUUUACGAUACCGGCUACCGAGAAGGCAUCACCUCAGGCAAGCUCUCGGCCCUACAGUCAGGAUUCGACGAAGGGUUCAACCAGGCAGCCCCGCUCGGUCGAGCCAGGGGAUUCAUGCGUGGUCAGGUGCUGGCGCUGAUGCAUUGGAAUAUGGUCAAUGAUGCGAGGAAUGAGGACGAGCAGGACAUUGGAGGAUCAUCAUCAUCAUCAAGGAGCAAUGAACCCUCGACUUCAGCUUUGUCCUCCUCGCAGGGAAGACAAUCGCGUUCCGCAGCCAGAGCGGGCAAGAUGGCACGAGGAGGGAUGCGAAAGCUUCGCGGUACCGCCAAUGGAGCCCCGCAUCUGCCCAACGUCGAUGAGAAUGAGGGGAGCUCCUCCUCCCCGCGCAGUCGCAGCCCUGCCUCGUCAUCAGACACGAAUCUUCGCUCCCUGCUCAAGGAGGUCGACUCACUCAACGUCGACAUGCUGCUCGGCCCGGACUGGGAGGCUAGGCGACACGCGAUGGAGGAUUCAGGUGGUGGGAUGGACGAUGCUGGUGAGGAGGAGCGGGCAAGCUUGGCGAAGGCGAGGCAGAAACGAGACGAGCUGCCCGACUUGAAGGAGAGGGUCGAAAGGCUGGUGAGGCAGAGCUGCGGCCUGGAGGAGGCAGACAGAGACGCGCAGGUAGCUUAAAUGCAAUUCACCCACUUUAACAUUACGAGCGGCAGCAACACCAUCGUUCAGUCACUCCCGCUGAGACGAAGCAAACGUAUCCAUUGGUAAACAAGCAGCGCAACGAGUCCAGAGGCAAGGUAGAUACAAGAGUGACACGCGUCUACAGACGCGCGCCCUGCCCAACCUCCUCCGCCGCCCUCCUAGCAGGCACGUCUCCGCCGAACUUGGCGCCCAGCUCAUCGGCCACAUUCCU